AUGCCACAUGUAUCUUACCAGCAUAAUCCCCGAUCGAUUGCUGACGAUCCUCUUUAUGUUGCGGCGGGAAGCGCACCGUACACCCGAAGUGACACGCCGGUGUCGUUCCGCGUUUUCCCAAACGGGACCUCCUCGUUCGGUAGCGAUCUCCUUACGAGUAACGAGAGCAUCGCACGCCGCGUAGCCGAGACAAGGGAGUGGCUAGGCAGGAUGCGCGAGGAGGUGCGAGAAGCAAAGCGAAAGUGCAAGGCGGAGGAAAAAAGUGCAUCGCUGCUCUGUUCGGUUUUGCGGGCGAGCAGUGCCCUAAUGACGGAACGGGCUAAAGGCCGCCGUUCGUCGCGUGGAAGGGCUCGCCAAUUUCGCUUUGCACUGUAUUCAUUUCUAGACGGGACGCCGUUCUUGACACCACAGGCACUCUGCCGCUACAACACGGCACUUGCCGAGAUGUUGAGUGACGACCAUUUGGAGUUGAUUCGUCGCCAUGUUUUUAACUACGACGAGGAGGCCUUUGCGAAUCUUCUGUACGCGGACGAGGUGGCAGAGUCUCUUGAGCGGCGCGCGCCGUAUGGUGGUGGCGAGUUGGUGCCCGAAUUUGUGCAGCGCUUCAACGAGACCUCGCGGCGCGCGCUGGAACGGCUUUUCGCAGCUCCUGGGGGCCUUGCCGACGCCACCAUCAAUGCGGCACACCGUGUGCCCAUCGUGGCUGAUGAUGUAGAGAAUGUGGCUGUUCACGGGGAAUGA